UUUGCUUGCUUUGUUUGACCGGAGCCGUUUUGGAUUCAGACGCAAAGGAGAGACCGGAGGAGAUAGUCAUCUUAAACGCUUCCGUUGUUUGUGACCGAGCUAUAAGCAGUGGUGCUCAUUAGGCUACAACUGUGUAAUAACACCGACAGAGAUGCCGUCCGACAGACCCUUCAAACAAAGGAGGACAUUUGCUGACCGGUGCAAAGAGGUCCAGCAGAUCCGUGAGCAGCACCCUAACAAGAUCCCUGUGAUCAUUGAGAGAUAUAAGGGAGAGAAGCAGCUACCCGUCCUGGACAAGACCAAGUUCCUGGUACCAGACCAUGUCAACAUGAGCGAGCUGGUCAAGAUCAUCAGGCGUCGGCUGCAGCUGAACCCCACACAGGCCUUCUUCCUGCUGGUCAACCAGCACAGCAUGGUGUCCGUGUCCACACCCAUCUCUGAGAUCUAUGAGCAGGAGAGGGACGAGGACGGCUUCCUCUACAUGGUCUACGCCUCGCAAGAGACCUUUGGCUGCUAGGGAGGGAGAUGAGAGGGAGAGGGAGAGCAGUUGUAUCUUCAGGUGCUUGGAGAUUGAGGGGGAGAGGGUAGAGUGGGGUGCUUGAGGGGAAAAGCGAGCUGACCAGAAACCACCAAACCCCACGAUCUACUCCACUUAAUAGCAUUGCAGGCCCACGUAGUAGCAGCACCCUGUCCGUCGGAGUCUCUCCCUCUCCGUCGUAGCCCAGCCAGAGGGCGUCUCCCACCCCCAGUUAGAAACCAGAACCAGACCUGUCAUACUCCUCAGUGCUUCUACUUUUAUUUUCUCUUUUUUAAUGUUGGUCCCAAGCAGACUGUGGUCUCUUAUUUUGAAAGGGUGGGACAGACCAAUCAUGACCUGGAGUUUGGAAGCUGUAAAGUUCCACAACAGUGCUACUGAUUGAUGGAUUUUCAUUCUUUAAAACACACUUAUACACAAACAGGACAAGCUAAACUUGAAACUGGGCAGUGGUUUGAGAGCCACUCACAGUUCAGGAUGUCUUCUCACAGCACAGCCAGGUUCAAACAAAUCCGCUAAUUUACUGUCACUCUAUAUUCUCAUCAUUUUAUCAGCAGUGGUACAAGCUAGAAAACUUGCAGUGAUUGUUUUUUACCUUCUGAUUUAGGUUUUAAUAUUGUUUUUAGUUUGAAAUAUCAGCUGUGGUUUAGUAUGUGUCAUGUAGCUGGUCCUGAGUGUUGCAUUCACACAUUUAGCAUCAGCCUGAAGGUCACCUUGCCAACUGGCUACUGAGCAGCUGACACUCAGGCUGGAGCCCUCGUCCACUUAUUAGCAUUUAUUCAUUCUUCAUGUGCAGUAUUUAUCCCUUUGCAGGUUUGAAAGACACAAGAGCAGCAGCACUGUUGUGUACCGCUGUUCAUCACAUACAUCAUCUGUCUGCCCAUGACACUACUGCAGCCCCCGCCCCACCAUAAAGCUGCUGUAAUAAAAAACUAAACGUAGCCUCACGCUGCGACUUCCUGUCAGGGGUCAGCAGUUUGUUCACAGCUGUUAAUCACAGACUGAAGUUUAUGGCUUUUUGCUCACCCCAUAAAGACACUACACCUGUAGCACCACUGCUCACCUGUCUUCCUGCACAAGGCUCCCCCCAGUUAAUGUCAUAAAUAGCCAGUAGAGUUUAGUUGGUCGGAGUGAGAAUGGGGGGGCUGUGCUGCACUCCAACACUCACCAAGCUCAAUGCUAGGUUGCUUUUCAUACUUGGUUUGGUUUGUUUCAGAAGCAAUGUUUCUCCCAGAGUGAAAUAAUAGAUGUAGGACAUGAGAACGCGAGCAGUUGUCUGACACUGUUGGUCAGGAGCGGCAGCACAAAAGGGGGACGUCUCCACACGGGCAAACCAGGGUCACAAUAACUACACGGGGAUGUUUCUGUCUUCACACACUAACGUUUGUUCUUUGGCCGGGCGGGGAUAGCCAAUAAAAUGUUCUCCCCGUGUGAACGGAGCAGAGCUGAUGCAGCCUGUGCUGGAAGUCAGAUGUAAUCAGAGUCCACUAAAGCUGAAGUGUGGCUCUGCUUUAAUAUCAUUCCUCCAGCUCGAGGGCGACGCCUCCUCCUGGCCCCAUAAACGAGGGCCUGUGAGAACAUGGAGCGUGUCGCAGUAGCAUAGAGCUGAGCAUUAGACAGAAGAAAAUCUAUUUAAUGUAAGAACUGAGCUUCUUUUGCACAUAAAUUAAUACAAUUAUUUUAAAAAAGUCCAUUUUCUUUAGUAAUCGCUGUAUCUAUACAAGUUCUCUUUCUGCAUCUUCCUCUUUCUGUUCAUCUGCCUUUGUUAAAUAAAAGUUUAGACAAAAGGUUGUGAUGCACUAUAAAUUUCGCAUGCUUUGAAUUUUUUAAAAUAAAUGUAUAUUAAUGUUAUCAUUGUUUUUUAUUUAGAAAAGUCUUUCUAGAUGUUUCCCAAACCAAAAACUGAAGUAAAUGUAUGUGUAUGUUUGAAACAAACAAAAAAAAAAGUGCAUAUAAACCAUCAUAUAAUCAA